AGAUAGGUUGUAGUACAGCAAACAUUUGUUACAUAUGUACUAGUCUAGCUAUAUAUCUAGCACCAAUGGAUCGUUUUGUAGUGAGGAAAGUGCCAGAGGGACAGGCUGCCAUGACAGAGGGUCAGGCUGCCACGACAGAGGGACAGGCCGCCACGAUAGGGCAAGGACAGGCUUCCGAAGCGUCAACUUCGCAAAAAAGACGAAAAAGAAAAUACAAUGAGGAAUAUGUUAAAUAUGGAUUCACAGUGACGACAGACAGAGCAGGAGAGGAGGUACCACUGUGUUUCGUAUGUUCAACAAUUCUCUGUAAUGAAGCUAUGAAGCCGUCGAAACUUACGCGGCAUAUGGAGACGCAUCACGUCCACUUGAAGGCCAAACCCGUUGAGUACAUGCAACAGAUGUUGCGUGAUUUCAAAGGACAGCAGGCUACCAUGAGGAAGAGUGCAAAAAUAAAUGAAAACGCACUGAAAGCAUCGUAUCUGGUCGCUCUCAGGGUUGCAAAAAGUAAGAAGCCCCAUACCAUUGCGAUGCAGCUUAUAUUGCCAGCAGCCAUAGAUAUGUGCAGAGCUAUGGUAAGCGAAGAAUGUGCCAACAAAUUAAAAACUAUUCCGUUGUCAGACAACACAAUCGGAAGACGAAUUGGGGAAAUGGCAAAUGAUGUCAAAGACCAGCUGAUGGCAAAACUUCAGACAGUUCUGUUUUCCCUUCAAAUCGACGAGACGACAGAUGUUACUAAUGAUGCGCAACUGUUAACAUUUGUGCGAUACGAGGACAGUGGCACUAUGUGCGAGGAAUUUCUUUUUUGCAAACCACUGCCCGGGCGAACUACCGGUGUAGAAAUAUUUAAAGCACUGGACGAUUUUUUCACGGAGCACAAUAUCUCGUGGCAGAGGUGCGUUGCAUUAUGCAGCGAUGGGGCCCGAGCCAUGAGUGGCAGCAAGACUGGACUGUUUGCGCAUGUAAGGAGGGUGGCUCCGGGGGUAAUUUGGACACACUGCCUGAUUCAUAGAGAGGCUCUCGCCUCCAAAGAUCUCAGUGUUGAGCUCAGUGGUGUGUUUGAUGUCGUUGUCAAGACGGUCAACUUCAUAAAACGAAACGCAUUGAAUACACGCCUGUUUUCAUCCCUAUGCCAUGACUUGGGAAGUGAACACAGCUCUCUCCUUUAUCAUUCAGAGGUGCGUUGGCUGUCUCGCGGCGCUGUGCUCGCCCGUGUGUUUGAACUACGCGGAGCUAUCUACGAGUUCUUGUGCGAGAAGCAUUCUGAUCUGGCUUCCAAUUUCAACGAUAGUUACUGGUUAACUAAGCUGGCGUACCUCACAGAUGUUUUUGCAGAGCUGAACAAGUUGAACAGCUCCAUGCAAGGGAGAGAUGCAAACGUCAUGCAGCUCUACGAGAAGCUCGACGCAUUUGUGAAAAAAAUGUCAAAGUGGAUCGAACGAGUGGAGAGCAAUAACUUGGCGAUGUUUCCUUCAGUUGAGGAAUACCCUGACAGCACUGACAUCAACGACACUAUAUGUGAGCAUUUGAGGAAGCUUGUGCGUCAAUUCGCAAAGUACUUCACUGAUUCGGAAGAGUGGCGCCGUGACAGCAAGUGGAUCCUGCUCCCAUUCAGUGACGAUGCAUCAGUAGGGUCAAGUCUGACGGCUGUGGAAGAGGAUAAGCUGAUUGAGAUGUCCACAGACUCUGUCAGGAGGCAUAUGUACGACACACAGCCCCUUGUUAAAUUCUGGAUAAGUUGCCAGACAGAAUUUCCACAGCUUGCUGCAAAAGCAAUGAGGUGUCUUUUGCCCUUUCCAACCACAUACCUGUGUGAGAGUGGUUUUUCUACACUGGCGUACUUAAAGAAUAAGUACAGGGCUAGGCUUGAUCCAGAGAAUGACAUGAGACUGUCUCUGUCUACCAUUUCGCCACGAAUAGACAGGCUGUGUGGACUUCACCACGCCCAGAUAUCACACUGACAGCAGGUGAUUGGUGACAGGUCUGUCCUGGCUGGGUUAUAAAAGCCCUGACCAGCCAGCAGUUGAGGCUGCCUUGGUCUUCAUUUGUUGGAUUUUGGUUCUCCGGUGUUGUUGGAUUUUUGUUCUCCGUUGUUGUUUUGUCACACACCUAGACUGACUUUGCAUGACAUUUUUAGUUACUUUUCCCAAUACUGAAUUGCACAACACUUUAUUAUUCUUUAUUCUUUCUUUAAAAUAAUCUUUAAUUUAAUUUAAUUUAAUAAAUCUACUUUUAUUAUUAUAAAAUCUGCGUGGCCUCUCUUUCAUGUUUCAUGCAUUGAGCUAUGCAUGUAACACCAAAUACACACGCGCACGCGCAGGCACAUCAGUGGGCCGCGGAUUGCUUUCUAGUCCGAAUGGUGGUCCCUGGGACAAAACCAGUUGAAAACCCCUGGUAUAUAUAAUAGGGCUGUCAAACGCAACUUCCUUUUAAGGGCACUCGUUUUUUUUAACGCACGCGUGUUCUGUGACUCUCAGCCCACUCCGUAUUUGGAAAAAAUAUCAGGAAACCAUGGUAACGUUGUGGAUCACAGCAGAAACACACUACAAAUGGAGAAGGAAAAGUCACUUUUGAAUGGAAAGUUGAGUUGUAAAGACCUGGGGUUUUUUCCCGACAAGACAGAGGGAAUAUUUACGUGCUGCAACGACCGCCCCCGGCAAGCGGAGCAGUCUUUCAGCAGAGACGAGAGGACAACAUAAUAGCUAAAUGGUGGCAACAGACUGUAGGUCAGUAAACACUGGAGGAUGAGGCUCUGCUAGAGUCAAAACGACCGCACAUAUGAAGUGCCUUAGAGA